AUGCAACUUGAUGAAGACGAUAUGAUCACAAAUAUCUUCUGGGCAGAUGAUCGGUCUAUAAGUGAUUACAAUCUUUUUGGAGAUGUUGUUUGCUUUGAUACAACUUAUAAGACCAAUGAAUAUGAUAGACCAUUUGCUCCAUUUGUAGGGGUCAAUCAUCAUAAGCAAACUGUUGUGUUUGGUGCUGCUUUACUAUAUGAUGAAACCACAGAGUCAUAUAAGUGGCUUUUUGAGACUUUUCUCGGAGCAAUGUCUGGAAAACAACCAAAAACAAUUCUUACUGAUCAGUCUGCAGCAAUGGCGAAUGCAAUAGAAAAGGUGUUCUCUGAAACAAAGCAUAGGUUAUGUGUUUGGCAUAUUUACCAAAAUGCUGCAAAGAAGUUGAGUCAUGUAUUUCAUGGACCAGGACAAUUUGCCACAGACUUUGGAAAUUGUGUAUAUGACCACGAGGAGGAAGAAGAUUGGUUAUUGGCAUGGAGUAAUAUGCUUGAGAAGCAUAAUUUGACAGAAAAUAAAUGGUUGAAGAAUGUGUUUGAUGUGAGAGAAAAAUGGGCAAUGGUAUAUGGACGUCAUACUUUUACAGCAGAUAUGGUGAGCACACAACGUAGUGAAAGUAUGAAUAAUAUUUUGAAAAGAUACUUGAAGAGCAGCUAUGACUUAUUGUCCUUCUUUGAACACUAUGAGAGAGUGUUGGGUGAUCGACGAUAUAAAGAAUUAACUGCAGACUUCAAAAUGAUGCAUACCUUGUCAGUAUUAUCUGCUUCUGUAGAGAUGUUGCAACAUGCAGAAGAAGUGUAUACCCCUGAAGUUUUUAGCUUGUUUCAGAAGCAAUAUAUAGUUAUCGGUGAUUAUGUUGCAAAAAAGGUCAGUAAGUCUGAUAUGGUGUAUGAAUACACAUUAUCUUAUCGUGGUGGACCGAAAGAGCAUUUGGUUAAUUAUGAUGCUGUAAACCAAACAGUAGAGUGUAGCUGCAUGAAGUAUUCUUUUGCUGGGAUCUUAUGUCGUCAUGCAUUGAAAGUGUUGGAUAAGAAGGAUGUUAGAAGAAUUCCAUCUAACUACAUCUUGACUCGAUGGACUAAAGAGGCAAAAUCACGAAGCAUAUAUUCUUAUCGUACAGAGACAACUAAUGGAUCUGUAACACAAUCAAUUGGAAAGCGUUACAGCCAUUUAUGUCGAAAUUUCCGUGAGAUUGCAUCCGUUGCUGCUGAACAUGUAGAAUUGACGAUGUGUGCAAAUGAAACUGCAUGUCAGUUGCUUAAAAAGUUAGAGGAAAAGAAAAAGGAACUUGUGAAAGCUAAUGCAUGGAUGCUAUCAACUUCACAUGUUGAACCUGUAGAAGGAGAAGAAGAUGAGAAAAUUUCAAACGUAAGUGGAAUUAAAAGAAAAGCUACUGUUGGACGACCAAAGAACAAAACAGUCGGACCUCAUGGUCGGUAUUUGAAUGCUCUUGAAACAAAAAAACGUGAUACAUCAAAGAGAAAAUUAUCAUUUCAGGACUCAACUCCUAUUUCUGAUACCCAGUUAUCUGUUGCUACCACUGAUCCGACCUUACCGACAUAA